AUGGCUCCGAAGAAAGUGGAACCGAAAAAGACGGAGGUGAAGAAAGUGGAGGCGAAGAAGGAGGAGCCUCCUCCUCCACCCAAACCUGCGGAACCAGAGCCCAAAGCUCCCGAGGUGGACCUGAAGAGCAUCGUGGUGGAGUUCGCUCCCGACCAGAUCGAAGAGUUCAGAGACGCCUUCACGCUGUUCGAUGAGACGCCCGCAGGCGAGAUGAAGAUCACCUUCGCUCAGUGCGGAGACGUCAUGCGAGCGCUCGGCCACAAUCCCACCAACGACGAGGUGCUGAAGCUGCUGGGGAGGCCGAAGGCAGAGGAGCUGCACGUCAAGCUGCUGGACUUCGACACCUUCCUGCCCAUGCUGCAGCACGUGGCGCGCUCCAAAGAGCAGGGCACCUUCGAGGACUUCGUGGAGGGCCUGAGGGUGUUCGACAAGGAGGGCAACGGCACGGUCAUGGGGGCCGAGCUCCGCCACGUCCUCUCCACGCUGGGGGAGAAGAUGACAGAGGACGAGGUGGACCGGCUGAUGGUGGGACAGGAAGACGCCAACGGACACAUCAACUACACUGAGUUCGUUAAACACAUCCUGGCGGGGUAGAAAAACUGACGGGUUCUUCCUCUGAUGGACGAGCUUCUGUCUGCUGUAUUAAAAAUGUUUCUGUACGUCUCUGUCUCUGGAAUAAAAGAU